GUAUUAUCACUCACUAUCUUGAUUGUAUUUCCUAUUCUAUUGCUGGAAACUAUGUAUUAUCACUCUUCGCAUGUGGCUUCUUUUUCAUUUAUGCCCCUUUCGUUCCUCAUAGUCGAAGCCAUUGUUGCUUCCUUUUCGGGUGGAUAUAUGAGGCAGAAUGCUCUUGGCCCACAGGGGUCUUUCCCUUAUCCCCUGUCUCCCUUCCCACUGUAGAAUCACGCAGUUCCCUUAGGUAACGUUUAAUGGUUUCAACACUAGCCUCUAAUCCUUCCAUUCUCUGGUUCAUUUCCCCUGUCUUAGAGCCUAUGUGUCCCACCUGCUUCUUCACAACUGUCAACUCUUUCUCCACCAUUUCCGCCCCACACUCCAUCCUAGUCAUGCUCUGAUACCAAGUGAUGGAUACCUAGACAGAGCAACUCUAUUGCAGAACUCCUUCCAGGCCAGCACCUCUGCACUCAGUUUAAUUCCCAGCAAACCAACACAACAACAGUAGUUUCCAGCAAUAGAAUAGGCAAUGCAAUCAAGAUAGUGAGUGAAAAUAUGUAUUGUAUUGAAUACUUCUCAAUAAAGUUUACAAAAAUCAAUUCUUCAAUAAAAUGACUAUUUUCCAAUAAUACUGCAAUUCAGUUACAAUUUCAGAGAUUGUAUAAUCUGCAAAAAUCACAAAUACACAACUGAAGCACUACUGUUCAUGCUCAGCUUCCGAGAGACCCUCACUCUCCCUCCAAUUCUUCUGUUUUGUACACCAUACUUUCUCCUGCAGCACCUGCUCCCUUUUCUUCUUUUUCCUCAGCUACUCCCUUCUUUUUUCCCCAGGCUGUGCCAUUUUUUCUUAUUUCCUGUGGUUGGAUUUGCAAUAGAGUGAUGGCCGCCUGUUCCAAUUGCCUGCUUCCAAGUGUCUUUUCCUUUUUACUCUCUUUUUUCCUGCAAGAAAUAUAUAUAUGAGUUCUAACAAAUCUCUUCUGUGUUUGUGCUUUGGCUGCUGGUCUCCCUGGGGCCUUCGUGCUUCACAAUUUAGAUGAGUGUUUUGCUGGGCAUAUAUUUUGGACUUCUGGUUUUUGUGUGUUUAUUUUGGACAUGUGCAGUAGAGACUUUGAGUUAUGAUCUGUAUUGUUAAAUUUUGGGUUUGUUGCAAGUGUUGGACAUAUAUUUAGGUUUGCUUCGUUGUAUGCUAGUGUUCUGCUGUCCUCUUUCCCGAGGAUGGGCUUAGGCUAUUUGCUUUUAGGCUUGUGUUUUGGGUGGAAUGUAAAUAUUUACUUAAAUAAAAAAACUUAUGCUCUAACCCAUUUAACCUAUCCUUUCAUUCCCUUUCAAGUCUCAAGUGAGGGAACUAUUUUUCCAUGUUAUAUCUCACACUGUGGCUUUUGUUUGGGCACAUUAAAAGCAAUAACGUGUACUAUGAGUCGGCAAAUAGCAGUUUGGCAAGUUAGGGCAAAUGAUUGCGGAUCAUCCACAUUUAAAAGAGCGCAGUCGGUUCCUAUUUAUUCCUGGUCCUGAUGAUGCUGGUCCAUCAACUGUUCUUCCACCGUGCGCUUUACCAAAAUAUAUGACUGAGGAGCUUCAGAAAUACAUCCCAAACGUAAUAUUUUCCAGUAAUCCUUGCAGAAUAAAGUUCUACACCCAAGGAAUCCCGUUCUUUCACCAAGAUCUUCUGUACAGAAUGCGCCGUUCAUGCCUGGUUCCUCCAUCUCAAGAAGAAACUGAGGAUCCUUUUAAGCAUGUAUGCUUCCUCUCACAACCCCACUCCAUGACACCCUCAAUACAAAUGAUUAAAGUUUGAUGUAUGGAUUAUAGGUGUUGUAUUAUUCGGCCAAUAUUUUGUAAGUUUUUGU